UUUAGAGAGUGAAACACCACACAUAUAAAUUAGUUAAAAACAAUACUAAAUUUAUUCUUAUUCAUUGGGUGAUAUAACAUUGGACUAAAUAUGUAUUUUGACUUUAAAAUAUUUUCAACCAAUAUUAGUUUUUUUUUUUAAUUUUUUUUAUAUAAAUCAUUAAAAAAAAAUAGAAAAGAAGAAGAAGAAGAAGACUAGUUUGGAAAAAGAAAAGAAAUAAAUAUGGAGACAUUGCCGCCAUUAAAGACCUUCUUAGAUAAUUCAGUUAAGUUUUCGUAGUCAUCAAGUUAUUCAUCGUAUGAACCCGCUUCGCCUUCGCUGCUCCAGAAUAAUGGCCGACGAGAUCACUAAAUCCGCCACCGCCUCUACUACUUCUACACCGUCUAUGUCAAAGUCCAGAUCCUUUUGGCCCUCUGUACUUCGAUGGAUUCCCACCUCCACCGAUCACAUCAUCGCUUCCGAAAAGCGUCUUCUUUCUAUAGUCAAGACUCCUUAUGUUCAAGAACAGGUGAAUAUUGGUUCAGGUCCGCCGGGUUCGAAAAUUAGGUGGUUUCGUUCUUCGAGCAAUGAGCCAAGGUUUAUUAACACUGUUUCGUUUGAUAGUAAAAGUGAUUCUCCAACUCUUGUAAUGGUGCAUGGAUAUGGUGCUUCUCAAGGCUUUUUCUUCAGAAAUUUUGAUGCUCUUGCUAGUCGUUUCAAAGUCAUUGCUAUUGAUCAGCUUGGUUGGGGUGGAUCAAGCAGACCUGACUUUACAUGCAAAAGUACUGAAGAAACCGAGGCAUGGUUCAUUGAUUCCCUUGAAGAAUGGAGAAAAGCCAAGAACCUUAGCAACUUUAUUUUACUUGGACAUUCAUUUGGAGGAUAUGUUGCUGCUAAGUAUGCUCUCAAGCAUCCAGAGCACGUUAAGCACUUGAUUUUGGUAGGAUCUGCUGGCUUUUCCUCUGAGGCAGAUGGCAUGUCUGAGCGGCUUACUCGUUUCAGAGCAACAUGGAAAGGAGCUCUCUUAAACCAUUUGUGGGAAUCUAAUUUUACCCCUCAAAAGAUUAUCAGAGGCUUAGGUCCGUGGGGUCCAAAUCUUGUGCAGAAAUACACAACUGCUAGAUUCAGUUCGUACUCUACAGGGAAUGUGCUGACUGAAGAGGAGUCUAAACUGCUAACUGAUUAUGUAUACCAUACUUUAGCAGCCAAAGCUAGUGGGGAGCUGUGCUUGAAAUAUAUUUUUUCUUUUGGAGCAUUUGCAAGGAUGCCCCUACUUCACAGUGCCUCAGAGUGGAAGGUGCCAACUACAUUCAUAUACGGAUAUGAAGACUGGAUGAACUAUCAAGGAGCCCAAGAAGCUCGCAAGAAUAUGAAGGUCCCCUGUGAGAUCAUCAGGGUUCCUCAGGCGGGGCACUUUGUGUUCAUAGACAACCCUAACGACUUCCAUUCAGCUGUUUUUUACGCUUGCCGAAGAUUUCUCUCUCCCAACUCCGAUAAAGAAUCUCUUCCGGAGGGUUUGAUACCUGCCUGACCAGAGUCUGGUAUAAUUUUUUUACUACCAUUUUUUCUUCAUUUCAUUUCUAUGUAUGACAAUUACUUAAGUUAAUCACACAAAUAGUGACUCGUGAAUAUAAAUAUCAUUCAUAUCGACUUGUAUAUUUUUUUCAACUUUAUCUUGAUGAUGUUGUAAACCCGAAUAAAUUGAUACUCUGUUUAUAAGCACAUUGUUAAUAGCACAAGUUUUAAGAUUAUAUAGUUUA